AUUUAUUCACCAAUUGGUCAUCGAACAGGUCGCAGCUCACAACACCAUUUGUAAGCAGGUGAUCUUCCAUUCAGCAACCUUCUCAGCUGGUACAAGUCCGAGAGCACGCUACAAUGGCGAGGAUGGGAGUUGCUAUUCUGGUCUGCGUAGUGGUUUUAGCCCUGGACGUCACAGCUGGCAUACUAGGAAUUGAGGCGCAGGCUGCUCAGAACAAGACUAAGAAGGUGACGAUCCUCUUCAUCCAGUGCGAGAAACCAGUGUACAGAGCGUACCAGCUUGGCCUCGCAGCUGCAGUGCUCCUGGUAGUUGCCCACGCGGUAGCCAACUUCCUCGGCGGCUGUGCCUGCAUCUGCUCCCAGCUGGAGUUCAUCAAGGCGUCCAUCAACAGGAAGCUGGCAGCCACCACCAUAAUUCUCUCAUGGAUCGCCCUGAUUGCCGGAUUCUCGCUGCUGCUCGCCGGCGCCAUGUCCAACUCCAAGUCCAAGACGUCGUGCGGGUUCACUCACGGACACACCUUGGCCCUCGGAGGGAUCAUGUGCUUCGUCCACGGCGGGAUCACCGUCGCCUACUAUGUCACCGCCACUGCCGCAGCGCACGAGGUUCCUUAGUCGAGCAUUUUGCCCGAGAGAUCACCGCUGUUCUUUCCUUGGUCCAGCUGCUCCUUGCUUUUCUCCUUGUGAUUUGACAUCUACAAGCAUCCGAAGAUAUAUGCCUUUUUUCCGUUCAAAAAAAAAGAAUACAUGCCUGUUGUUUGAUU